UGCUGCUUCUUCAGGGCAACAGGUGUGGCGGGGAGGUUGAAGGUGAAGGGGAUGCGUCAGGCUUGGGGCAAGAUGAACCAAGAAGUAGUUUUGGCAAAGCUGAAGAAGGAUGUUCGUUCCUUGCUCAUUUCAUCUAAGAUGGGCUUGGACCCCGAUGAGCUCAGGCGAGACUAUGUCAGAAUGUUGGGGCAUCCAAUGCCCCUGAAACUUCUGGGCUUCAGACACAUCAUGGAUAUGGUAAAGGAGAUGCCUGAUGUGGUGUCUGUUAGCUUCAGGGUAGAUGGCAGCCCAUUUUUAAAAGCUGUAAGUGACGAAUCCACCCGAAACAUUGAGGAGCUGGUUGCUAAGCAGCGCGUGUCUAAGAGCAACAAAAAGUCCAGGACAGGAGGUGUCAGCUACUUCUCACCCCGCUACUGUCAACAGUCUCCCGCUGUUGUCCUUCCCAGACGAGGUCCUGCUCCUGUGGCUCUACCUGCCCAGUUGAGGACACAGCUCCGCAUUUUGCUCUCCCAGGGUCCACUCAGAUUGUCCGAUUUGGAAACCAGCUUCCUGCGCUGCUUCGGCUACCCGCUGCGUGUCCACCACUACGGCUUCUACUCUACUGGAGAGAUGCUGGAGGCAGUGUCAGACCUAGUCGUUAUCCACCAGAGCAGGUUUGGCUCUGUUCUGACCCUGAGGGAACAUCUGCUGCCCGGACCGCUGCUCAGACCGUCUAACUUACCAAGGCCAACUGGACCCAUAAAGUCAGUAUUGCCAAGAACUGGCCAGCCAGCCUCCAAAGGGCCAGACAUGGAAACUCAGACACCAACAAUACCCCCAGUCCUGUUGAAGCAGAGUCCUCUGAGCCAUCCAGCUACUGAUACUACCUUGGACCCUGUUCAUAAAGAGUCAACAACUGUUGGUAACAAGACAGAUGUGGUGGAGAAGGACCAGGAAGCAGACAUAGAGCUCUGUCAGGAAGGUCAGCUCUUUCAGAAAUGUGUCCAAAAGCUGGAGGAGGAGCUUCGCCAGCGAAUAGUGGAAAAUGGAGUCGCUGGGACCAUUAGUCAGGAGCUGAAGGACAAGCUGCGAAAGGUUGUAGGUCAGACCAGAGGUGGAUUAUCGGUGCACGAUCUGCCUGCAGAGUACAAGAGGCUUUUUGGUGAGGAUGUUCCACUGCAACAAAGCGGCUUUGUUAGUGUCACUGAACUGGUCAGUGCCAUGAGUGACACCUUCCACCUGAAACCUGUAGUGGAUGACAAUGUGCAGCACUGGAUAGUCAUGGUGAUAAAUGACAGUGACAUUGCGCAAUCAGACUCAAAGGUGACUGAGAGAUCUGGUGACAGUGGGAAGCUGCCAAUUAUGAGCUAUGAAGAGUCUCCUUGGGAAGCCAAACUGGAAGGAGGCAACACUAAUAUAGUAGAAGAUGAUGAUAAUGAGGAUCUAAAGACCAAUGCAACCAACAAUUCCAAGAAUACCCACGAAAAGAUGUCUCAGAUGUACACUGCCAUUCAGGUGCAUUGCAGCCCUUCGGUGCCCCUGGAUGCCCUGCAGAGUCAACGUCUUAAACCACCAACACCCCAUGGUGCUCGAGAGCUGAUAGAAGUCCUGGUUGAACAGGCGGAGUCGCCAGGAAAUUUCUACCUCCGCUUCAGCGAGAGUAAGGAGUCUCAGGCUAUGGAAGACAUGAUGAUUGAGAUGAGACAAUGUUACACCUAUCCUGAGGUGUCAGAGCGUUACCGCCUCCCUGAAAAAUUUGUCAGACGGGGUCAAGUCUGCUGCGUGUCACCCAAAGGAAUGUGGUUCUACCGGGUGGUGAUCCACCAGAUCAUCAGCCCCACUCAGGUCGAGGUGUACUACGUCGACUUUGGCGACAUAACCGUGGUACAGAGCGCCAACCUCAAGUUCCUCAAGUCAUGUUAUUCUGAACUUCCGGCACAAGCUGUUCCAUCAUCACUGGCUGGAAUUAAACCAACCACUGGCAGUUGGACUGCUGAGGCAAGGGCUUCUUUCCAGAAGCUGUGCUCCGAACGCACCCUGGUGGGAGCUUUGGAUUGUUACACCAGAGGUGUGCUUCAGCUCUACCUGUGUGACACACAUACUGAUAUCGACAUCUACAUCCACACCAUCCUGGUGAGCCAGGGCCACGGGACAGCCUGCAGCCCUGCAGUUAGUGCAGCAUUGUGCGUCCAAAUCCGCCCAGUGAGUCUCUACCUCGGGGAGGGAAUGGUUGACUUGCCAGAGGUAGAAGAGGUAGCCACUUACGCACCCAAGCCAGCAAACAUGAUUGAACAGUCCAUGUUGAAUUCGCUCAAGGUUGAGGAGGAAGAGCUGCCUGACCUGGAGUUUAUUGAGGACAAAGAAGUUAGCCCCCAUAUCCAGGGUAUGGACGCCAACCCGUUCAAUGCUCUAAUAAAUGGCCAAACCUUCAGCUGCAGUGAAUUGGGCUCGGCUGUGGCCAACAAACCGCCUCCUACCAGCCCUUCCUGUCUGAUCCCCAGCCCUCUCGCCCCUCCACAUUUGAUCCAGACCCAGAAAAUCCUAACUCACUGUAAAGCUGAUGUUAAAACACUAAGCAUGACUCCUGCACCAACACCAAAAAAUGAGCAGCACUGGACAAAAGUCGCUGCCCACUCGUUGGUCGAGCCACCUCCGAUCCUGAGGACCCUGAGCCUCCACACCCCUGACCUGGCCCAAAUCCAUGACUGCACUCAGGGUCUACCCGUUUCUCCACUCCAUCUUCGACACUCAGGCCAUCUGUUUCCUGUGUUUGGGACCAGGUAGGACGUGUCUCCUGCAUCCAACACAACCAGAAUGAGUCAACCGA